AAAUAAAUUUUCAAGGAUGCAGUCUCACCUACUUAAUAUUUACAGAACUGAUUUGAUCCUAACUGAUCAAAGUAUUGUUGUUGCUGUUAUUAAACUCAUCAAGAUGAAGUGGCUAUUUGUUUUGUCUUGUGUUGUGUUUGUUCAAAGUGCAAAAAACUUACCUUCCUUUGUCGAAGUAUGUCCCCGUGAUAAUAUAAAGACGGCAGAAUGCGUUGAACGAAACAUAAAGAAACUAAUACCAAUGCUUGCUAAGGGAAUACCUGAACUUGCAGUACCACCACUAGAUCCCCUUCACUUACCGUCAGCUGACAUAGCAGCGAGUGCAGGUUUUUCAGCUACUUUAAAAGAUGUUAAACUCUACCAUUUAGACAACCUUAUAGUUCAUAAUAUAUUUAUGAAUUUCGAUACCAAACAAUGGGGCGUAGAUGCAACUUUUCCGUCGUUAGGAAUUGAGAGUGAUUACAAAAUGAACGGAAAAUUACUUGUCUUUGAAUUAAACGGCGAAGGAAAGACUCGAGGAAAUAUGACUAACAUCAGGGCAAAUCUAACUGUUUUCUUCGACUAUACAACAGUGAACGGCAAAGAACAUCUUCAGAUUAAAGACACAAAGCAAAAACUGGAGAUAGAAAAAGGUAGUUUUGUAUUCGAUGAUCUAUUUCCGGGCAAUGAAGAACUUACUGAACGUGCAACAAAAAUUUUAAAUGAAAAUUACAGAGUGCUUUUAGACGAAUUUACUCCAGUCUUUGAAAAACUGUUAUCUUCUCUUUGCGUUAGUGUCUUAAAAAAUCUUUACAAAAAAUAUCCAUCCGAGGUAUUAUUUCCAACUUCAGUAAACUAAAUCAGUUUUGUACGAUUCAAUCAAUAAAAUGUUAUGUUUUUUUUUAAUAAAUAUUAUUAACAGUUAA